AUGGCCACGGAAACCUCCAGAUUGCCUAUUCUAGACCACUUGGUGGUUCUAGUACCCUAUCAUGAACUUCAAGAGCUGCCGAAGCGCCUAGAAAGCUCUCUUAUCGUGGUGGAGGGUGGCUCGCACUCUGAUGGUCUUACCCUCAACAAGCUCAUUAUUCUUCCUGACGGCACGUAUAUUGAGUUGAUCGCUUUUCGGGAUAAUAUAGACCCCGAGCGUCGAAAGAAGCAUAUGUGGGGGACCCUCAAAGAGUGUCAGAUCAGCGACUGGGCGUAUACCCUUCAGGAUGAAAAAGAAUUCGCUCAAGUCCAGGACUGUAUUAAAGCGGAAUCUAGUGCACAAGUCACAUACCAAGAACCAAUUCCGAACGGGCGCCUGCGGCCAGAUGGGGUGGAAUUGAAAUGGGCACUCAGCUCUGCUCAAGACGCGUCUUUAUGCCCUCUCUGGCCUGGUAUGGCCCCCUUCUGGUGUCUGGACCGAACUCCUCGCCAUUUGAGGGUGCCUUACCGCGAAGAAAUAUCGACUGCUGCCCCGUUUACGAAGCAUCCUUCCGGUGCUUAUGGUAUCUCUCAGGUUUUUGUGUCGGUGCCUCAGACGGACUUUUUAGCCCUCAGCCAGGUCUACGAGGGCGUACAUGGACCUGCGAUUGAGAGCGAUCCUGCAAGGAAAGUUUGGUCCUGGAUCAACCAUGCCGGCUCGGACCGAGGCAAGCAGAAGGUGAUUUUGACUGCAAGCUCCUCACAGGAGCGGCACAUUGGCCUAACACUUGUCGGAGAUCAGGACAGUCCCCAUAGCAUACAAAUCCUUGAAGGGUUAGCUUUUGACUUUGACGUUGAGUAA